AUGCCCUUAUAUAUCCUUAUAUGCACCUACGUGUCCCUAGUAGCUUUUUUUUGCCUAAGGCUGCUUGUCCACUGCGCCGCACAGCCUGAGCUGAAGAAAGACGAGGGCCCUGUUGGCCUCGUCCUCUGCCCCACACGAGAACUGGCUGUCCAGAUCGAGAAGGAGGUGUACAAGUUCAACAAACUGCUUGGCCUGAGAAGCACUACCUUUGCUGGGGGCUUGUCCAAGUACCAGCAGUUCAGGACCAUCAAAGGUGGUAGUGAAAUCGUCAUCGCCACCCCCGGGCGUCUCAUCGACAUCGUGAAGAUGAAAGGCUGCAACUUGCGGCGCACCACCUUUGUUGUCCUUGACGAAGCGGACCGAAUGUUGCAAAUGGGCUUUGAGGACCAAAUUCGGUCAAUCCUCCAAAACGUUCGACCAAAGCGGCAGACUUUGCUCUUCUCAGCCACGAUGCCCCCGCGCAUUGAGCGCCUGGCAGCCGAUUUCCUGGACCAGCCUGUGCGGAUAACAGUGGGCACUGCAGGGCAAGCAGCAGCCAAUGUCCAGCAAAAUGUUGAGGUCCUGGACAGCGACGACCAAAAAUUUGGGUGGCUCAAUGCCAGGGUGGACCAGAUGCUGGCAAAGGGACAAACUCUGGUGUUUGUGAAGUCCAAGCAGGCUGCACAGGAGCUCCAGCAGAAGUUUGCAGAUGUACAGAGGGAAGCUGCAAUACUUCACGGAGACCUGGAGCAGGACGAGCGCAUGAGGGUGAUAGAUGGGCUCCGCAAGCAGCGGCAGAGCCUUCUCAUUGCAACGGACGUAGCUGCACGCGGUCUGGACAUCACCACCAUCCGCACGGUGGUCUCCUUCGACGUUGCGCGCGAUAUCGAGACUCACACGCACCGCGUGGGGCGCACAGGCCGUGCCGGAGCCAAAGGCGAAGCCUUCGCCCUUCUGUGCCGAGAGGCCAAGAAGGGCAAGGGCGAAGCGAAUCAUCGAAAGAUGGCCGCCUUGAUUGUCGAGCACCUGGAGGAUGUGGGGCAGAAGGCGAGCACCGACCUUCUGGCUAUGGCCAUGGACUACCAGCCCUUCAAGGCCGCAAGAGCCGCGGGGAUGCGAUUCACCGGCGAAGGAAAGGGCCAAGGGCGGCCGGGUCAGAAAGACAACGGCGACACCCGAGAGCGCUCUCGCUCGCGGCCCACAGCUGCGGGUGAGUAG